GUCAUCUAAAGAAGAAAUUAAAACUCCUUUCAGUUCUAGACCAUGGCUUCUUCCUCCUUCUCCUUCUCCUUCUCCUUCUCCUUCUUCUUCUUAGUUGUCUUUCUCCACUCAUGCAGUGCCUCGGCCAUGCCAAAAUUCCCAGCUAUUUUGGUUUUUGGUGAUUCAACUGUGGAUACUGGCAAUAACAACUUCAUCUCAACACCAUUUAAGGGAAAUCAUUACCCUUAUGGUAGAGAAUUCCCUGGUCAAAUUUCAACUGGGAGAUUUUCUGAUGGAAAACUUGUUCCCGAUAUAGUGACUUCUGCCUUGGGAAUCAAAGAGCUUGUACCACCAUUUCUACACCCGUCUCUAUCUGAUGAAGAACUCCGAACUGGAGUCAGUUUCGCUUCAGCAGGAUCAGGUUUUGAUAAACUGACCACAAUAGCAUCAAGGGUGAUACCAGUGCCACAACAAUUAUUGUACUUUGUGGAGUAUAUCAAGAGGCUUAAUAAGGUAGUAGGAGAACAAGAUGCUCAAAAAAUUGUUAGUGGUGCCUUGGUUGUCAUUAGUGCAGGAUCCAAUGACUUCCUCUUGAACUACUAUGAUUUACCAACAAGGAAGCAACAGUUCGAUGUUGCUGGGUAUGAAGAUUUUAUACUAGGAAAGCUGCAAGACUUAAUUCAGAAACUGUUGGAUAUGGGAUGUCGGAAAUUCUUGGUAGCUGGAGUUCCUCCAUUUGGGUGUUUGCCUAUCCAGAUCACAGCACAGUCAAUAAAUAUUACAGAUUCUAGCCGAGUGUGUGUUGAGGAAGAGAAUGAAGAUGCUCGCCUUUAUAAUUCCAAGCUUAUGCGACUAGUGAAACAACUACAAGAAUCGGGUCAAGGAAGCAAAUUGGUGUACCUCAACAUCUACGACCCUCUAAUGGACAUGGUCAACCACCCUCAAAAAUAUGGAUUUGUGGAAACAAAAAAAGGGUGCUGUGGAAGUGGAUUGCUAGAAUCAGGACCUCUUUGUAAUCGACUCACACCACCAUGUGCCAAUGCAUCUCAGUAUCUGUUUUGGGACUCUAUUCAUCCUGGUGAAGUCGCCUACAGAGUCAUAUCCCAAUUCGUAGUGGACAAUGCUCUUCCUAGGUUCUUGUCCUAAUUAACACUCACUUAAUUCUACUUCUCUUAAUUAAGGCAAUGUUGGAUUUAAUGUUGUAUUGCCCAAUUGUUUUAAAGUUUCAAUUAUCUUUAAAAAAACAGAAGUCAUACUUUUUUAAAGGGUGAGUCUGGUUGCUUUAAUUUAAUUUAUUAAGACAA